AUGGCGAAAAAUCGAAAGAGCCUGUUAGUAACUUAUGUUAUAUGGUUGAUGUGGGGAUGGUUCGGUUUACAUCAUUUUUAUCUCGGCCGAGAUAUUCAAGCCUUUAUCUGGUGGUCAACGAUCGGUGGCUUCUUUGGUCUGGGUUGGUUUCGUGAUCUUUGGCGAAUUCCAGAGUACGUGGACGAUGCUAACGACGAGGCUUUCUUCGUUGAAGAGCUAAAACGAAAAAUAAGACUCCGCAAGGAGCCAGCUUUUAGCGUGACUAGAUUUGCUGGGCAAAUGCUAGUUGGAUAUUUUUACGGUAUUCUUGUUCGACUAGCCAUACCAGAGGAAGCAAAAUGGCUUCCUUCGUUGCUAGUACCGCUUGGCGUAGCGGUUGGCGUGUAUCUUGUUGGAAAUAUCGGCCGGGAAAGAGGCGAUUUCAAGUAUCCUUUGGUAGGAGCUUUUCUCUCCUACGCUGCCUUAGCUUUUCUUACCAGUGACGAACCUGGGAAUAUGUAUGUGGCUUUGAUUGCAGCGAUAUGUUUUCAAAACCAUCGCGAAUUUCGUAAAGAGAAAGCACCUACGAAGACACUGUGCAAGCGAGUUCAGUACCUCGCUGUUGGAGUCGUCGUUAUUUCCUGUCUGUGGAGCUCAUUCCUUUACUUCAAUGCACAAGUUACAACAGAGGAUGGCGAAACAGUGAAACUACGCGAUGCUGUCAACCAUUUCUUCCAGUCUCCGGUGUGGCUUGAGUUCAAAGAUGUAUUUUGGGGUUUGUACGAAGAGGGGCAGAGAAGUGGCUGGGACAAUGUCUACGAGGAGUUCGUUAAAGCUCUGGAUCCCAGAGGAGAGAAAAAUGCAUAUCGCAUACUUGGACUUACAGAAGAUGCAACUCAAGAAGAAAUCAAAAAACGAUACAAAAAACUUGCCGUGAAAUGGCAUCCAGAUAGAAAUCAAAACAAUAAGGAGGAAGCGCAACAGAAAUUCAUGGAAAUUCAAGAAGCUUAUGAAAUUCUCUCCAAUAUCAAAACCCGGAGAGCCUCUAGGAACACAAGGACAAGAAGCGAUUUCGGUGGACACGAUCGCUCAGAAUUUUAA